ACGGAUUUGGAUAUUGUUGCUCCGCCAGCGAGAGUGGAUAAUCGUGGAGAAAUAAAAACAGAAACCGAAACUGAAACUGAAACUGAAACGGAGAAGCAAUCGUAAACCGCGAACUUAGUAACAGUUGCAUCGCGUAUACGAAGCGUGAAACACAAACGACAAGCAACAAAAGUACAAGCGGCGAGAGAGUGCAGCAACAAAUUCGUAAACAAUCAAAGUAACGGCGUGUUGUGCGAGUGUCCGACACCAGUCAUGCUGUAGCAACGUGAACAGGAUGCAGCUGAAGUAACUUGAAUAUGGACCUUGAUUUCUUAGGCCUCUCCCCCCAAGAUCUGGCAGACAUACACAAUGAAGGCAUAGACAAUCUGGAUCUGCUGAUGCAGGGAGACUUUGACGACAGCAUUCAGUUGGGACACAAUGACCAUAACGGGCAUCUGGCCCCCGGUGCUGGUGGUGGCACCCACAUGGACUCUCCCCACACACCGCCCAUGAACGGCUUGGAUUCCGGACGGAUGGGUCUAAGCACGCCGGUGUCGACACAGGUUCAAGCGCAUGUGCAUCCACAGUUGCCGGAGAGUCCGCCGGACUCCCAGCCCGCCUACAGUCCGCUGGGUGAGGCGCAUGGUAUGGCCAUGCCGGGCCGUGAGCUGAUUUACCCUGGACUAACGCACAUGCAGCAUCAGGGGAAUCUGUUGCAGGCAGACCUAGGCCAGUACGCAUCUCCUCCGCAGCAACAGCAGCAUCACUUUGCCACUCCGCAAGCCGAUGUGCGGGUGAAGCACGAAACCGGGCUCAUAAUGAAUCCGGGGAACCUACUCUCCCAGCAGCAACAGCAACAGAUGCAGCAACAGCAGCAUCAUCAACAGCAGCAGCAGCAGCAGCAACUCAGCGAGCAACAGUUUCUCCCACACCAGCAACAGCAUCUGCAGCACCUCCAAGACCUGGGCCAGGACCAGAUGCUCUACUACGACAAUGCACUGGGAGCAGCGGGGAUGUAUGCGGCUGGGAGCUACCAGAACCUAUCCACCUGCACGCUGACCUCGGCUUUGGGACUGGGUGACCGGGUCCAGGUGAUCGGAACCAGCCAGCUGUCGCUAAAUCGUGUAUCCGCUCCCUCCACGCCCGUGCACUCGCUGUCGCGCAAGCGUAAGAUGUCCACGCAGCUCGACUGUCCAGAGUUUUCGCCGGUGCCGAAGGUGGACGCUGGUCUGCGGAUGAGCCCCCUGCGCGCCUCCCACCACUCGCUGGCCACGCCGACACCCACGCCAACGGCAGCAACAACGCCGGCACCCUCGCACUGUUCCGCCUCCGUAUCGCCAGCCUUGUCCGCCGUUCAUUCGCAGGCGGACAACAGCCUCGACGGACAGUCGAGCGGCGGUGGCGGAGUGGCUCAGGGAUCGGGAUCCGGGUCGGGUUCGGGGAGCGAAGCGGGAGAUCCGACGGGAGGACAGUGCAUCCGCUUCAAUGCCUUCCAGCCGGAGCACUGGCACAAGCUCGUCGACCAGGACCUCCAGGAGCUGUCUGUGAUCUACUACCGCGUGGACGCGGACAAGGGAUUCAACUUUAGCGUCUCGGACGACGCGUACGUGUGCCAGAAGAAGAACCACUUCCAGGUUACUUGCCAUGCGCGCCUCCAGGGCGAUGCCAAAUUCGUGAAGACACCGUCCGGCUUCGAGAAAAUCAAAUCCUUCCACUUGCAUUUUUAUGGCGUCAAGUUUGAGGCGCCCAAUCAGACCAUCCGCGUGGAGCAGAGCCAGUCGGAUCGCUCCAAGAAGGCCUUCUAUCCCGUACCCAUCGAUCUCCAGAAGCACAUCGUCAGCAAGAUCACCGUCGGCCGACUGCACUUUUCGGAGACGACUAACAACAAUAUGCGCAAGAAGGGUCGUCCCAAUCCGGAGCAGCGCUUCUUUCAGCUGGUGGUUGGUCUGCAUGUCCAUACAAUCUCUGGAAACUUUCCCGUGGUGAGCCACGGCAGCGAGAAGAUUAUCGUGCGUGCCUCGAAUCCGGGUCAGUUUGAGUCCGAUGUGGAUCUUUGCUGGCAACGCGGCCUAACCCAGGAGUCGGUGUUCCAUGCCGGCCGCGUGGGCAUCAACACUGAUCGCCCGGAUGAGAGCCUGGUGGUGCAUGGCAACCUGAAGGUCUCCGGCCACAUUGUCCAACCAAGUGACAGUCGAGCCAAGCAGGAGAUCGGUGAGCUGGAUACAUCGGUGCAGCUUCGCAAUCUGCAGAAGAUUCGGAUCGUGCGCUAUCGCUAUGAGCCGGAGUUUGCCGUCCACUCGGGGCUGCGGCGCGAGAGUGACACGCGGGAGAUUGUGGACACCGGAGUGAUUGCCCAGGAGGUGCGCGAAGUCAUACCCGAUGCGGUUCAAGAGGCUGGCAGCGUGGUGCUGCCCAACGGAGAGGUCAUUGAGAACUUCCUGCUGGUCAACAAGGAUCGCAUCCUCAUGGAGAAUAUCGGGGCCGUAAAGGAGCUGUGCAAGGUGACUGGGUCGCUGGAACACCGAAUCGAACACCUGGAGCGUGCCAACAUUGGCCAAAACAGCCAGCAACUUCGUGCCAAGGAUCUGCUGGAGCCGCGCUGCCUGCUGCCGGAGCGUGGAGCCCUAAAACCCUACGGCAGCCGUCGUGAUGGCUACGAGGUGUGCUCCAGUCGUUCCCUGCAGAUCGUCAUCUUCCUACUGAUCAUCGUGAUGGCUGCUUGUCUGGCGGCCGUGUCCACGCUGUACUUCGUGGAGCACAACAAACAGCAGCAGAUGGACGGCUACCAGAUCUUUGGGAAUGGUCACAUAUUCCGUCCGGAGCCGGGAUCGACGCACCUGAGCGAUGAGGACCGCCAUUACUUUCACAAUUUGCAUACGCUCUUCCGAAACAAGACCAACGGCGGAUGGCCAGGUCGCAUAUAUGCCACUAGCACCACACGUCCGCCCGGAUAUCGCCCCGGUGAGGAAGAGGCGGAGGAGCUGGCGGCUGUGAUGACGAAGCCACAGGUGGCCGGUGCCCAGCAGCAGAGCCUCAAACAUGCCUCCUUCACAACAACGGCACCACGUUUUAGUAAUAAGACCCUAAACAGCAAGAAGGCAAAGUGGCCCAUCUCACAGGAGACACUGCGUCAGGUGGCGGGUCAGAAGUUGCUCCAGACGCCGGCAGUCCAUGUGCCUUCCUUGCCAGCAAAAACUCUUCCGCCGCCGGCUCUCAACGAGACGGCGGCCUCCACGGAGAAGCCACCGCAGGCCAUUCCCUUGCCGCAGGACUUUGAGAAUAACUCCAUCGACAUUGACGCCCAGCAGCAGCAGCAGAAGCAGUCGCAGCUGUCCCCUUUGAAGCUGGAUGAACAUAUCGUGGUGGUGGGCACCAUUGCCAGCCCCGCCUCCGAGGCAUCAUCUGACUCUGAUCCUCCGACAGCUGUCGCGGGUCAUGCCAUCCGCAAGUUCAACACCGGCGCCGUGUACACGAACGUGUAUAAGACGGUUUCGCCACCAACGGCCAACCUAGCCCUGACCACCAACAAGGUGAGCACCGAGCCCGCCCAGAGUCCGCUUUCCCAGGCGCUGGAUGUGCCGCCGCCGGCGCUGCCCUUGCGCAAUAGUAGCGACAAUCCUGAUGCCCUAGAUCUUCAGAACCUGAGCAACACCAACGAGUCGGUGGACAAUCCCAUUACCGGAGUGUACGGCUUUGAGUACCAGGGAGCGGGUCUGAGGGAAUCCAACCUGGGCAGGCGCUCGGCGAAUCAACGCAGUCUGGAAUGGAUCAGGCAGAAGAGCAUGAAGACGCCAAUCUUUGGCCAGCCGGCCGAAUGCAAUGGGGAUGAGUCUGUCAGCGACAAUUGUCAGUCCGUUUGCUUCGAGGAACUGCCACCGACUCAACCGCAGCCGGAUAAUGUAGAUGCCAAUGUAAAGGAGCAGCAUGUCGAGGACGAUCUGCAAUCGGCCGAGGAGCAGGAACCGGAUCCUGAUAUAAUCGAGGCGCAGCCACUUUCCAUUGCCGUAGCCACUGGCAAUGAGACCGAGUCGCAGACCGGUUUCCUUGGCAAGACCUCGCACAGUACCGAUGCCUUGGCUAAGAAAUCCCCACAGGAAACGGAAACGGUGCUGGCUAGCAAGGAAGAUCCGGUAUAUCGUUUGGUUCAACCAGCAACAGCCCAGGAGCAGCUACCCAAAGCGGAUGAGACGGUGCUGCCACCUUUCCAAUUGGACUGUUGGAGCGUGGCCAGUUGCGUGCUGGCCGCUCAGUACAAUCACAGCAUCGAUGUGGAGCAGUUCUGUCCGAGCACGGGUAGUUCCCUCAACAUAAGCUAUAUAGUUCCAGUGUCGCGGUAUCUCCAGGCCAGUAGCCUGGAACUCCAUCUGAGCUCCAACAAGCCGCUGCAGUGGUCCAUCUGCAUUGAUGACGACCAGGCCAAGGCCAAUGCCAAUGCACAGCUCAACGAGGAUGACGAGGCCCCGGUGAGCAGCGGGGUAAAGAUCCUCAAGCAGCUGGGCAACAACAAACUCAUUCUGGCAUUGGACUUGCCAGCCCGCGGCUACUUCCUGCGUGACUUUAUGCUGCGCGCCAGCCAGGACCUCGAGCAGCAAAAACUUUGCGAUGACAGCGCUCACCUGGCGAACCCCAUACUCCAGUACAACUUUAGGAUCGUAAGAGAUUGUGAUUAGUUUACGGCUUAAUUUAUGGCACGGAUGGAUCGAAUCUGAGCUCCAAAAAAUUAAUGUAGGCGGCAAUGUCCUCUCCCGGCACACCACCCAACACGGAAAACUCGUUUAAAUUAGGAAAAUGAGACAAAAAAAAAA